CUACGACUGUACGAAGAUGUGUAAAUUGCCAGUGAUCGUCGCGUUGCUGAUUGUUGGGGUCUCCGGAUUCCCAGCCAGGAUGAUCGACAUCGCUGACUUGGAGACUGUUCGCCUUCUGGGUAACCGAGGUCAAGCCAACGCCGAUCCAACCGACGUGGAGAACGAAUUGAUUUUCUUGGACCCCGAAGACGAGGAGUUCGCAACUUCGGAGGAAAUCGUGAACGAAGAAAACUUCAAUCCCGAUUCGGAAUCGGAUAGCUCGUUCGAGUCGGAGGAUAGUGACGAUUUGGAGGACGAUGACAUCGAGUUUGGACUGCGUAGAAAGCGAUCAAUGGCUUGGCACGUGGAGAACCCUUCGAAGGAUUCCGACGAUGGUGCGGCAGCGAGUCCGGUUAAGCUGCGUUGGAAGUGGAACGACGGGAUGCCGGAAUUGAAACCGCAGCAAACGAACGUCUUUGAUGGUCUUAACGAGAAGCAGUCUGACUUGGUCCGUCUCAGCGCGCCUCUUGUGCAUUAUCGACGACCUUGCAAGUCCAGAUUCGAACGUCGCGACAGAAGGGGCGUCUGCAGACCAGUCAUCAACUGAUCGCGUUUCAUCCCAUUCGUCGAGGUCAAUUUUCGCGGUUGGUUUUCCAAUGUAUUUUUAUACUUUGAGCCAUGAGAAUUUAUUCCUUCAUUAUACAUAUGUACUUGUGGAAACGAUACGACGAGUGAUAAUUA